AGUCUUACAUGGAGGAUCACCUGAAGAACAAGAACCGCCUAGAGAAGGAGUGGGAGGCUCUGUGCGCCUAUCAGGCAGAACCCAACGCCUGCACCAUCGGCCUGAAGGACGGCAACACCAAGAAGAACCGCUCCACUGCUGUUGUGGCAUAUGAUCACUCCAGAAUCACCUUGAAGGUGGAGAACAGCCAAGGCAACUCUGAUUACAUCAACGCCAGCCCGAUCAUGGACCACGAUCCCAGGAACCCCGCCUACAUCGCCACUCAAGGCCCUCUGCCCUCCACCGUGGCUGAUUUCUGGCAGAUGGUUUGGGAGAACGGCUGCGUGGUCAUCGUCAUGCUGACACCUCUCGUGGAAAGCGGAGUGAAGCAGUGCUACCACUACUGGCCCGACGAGGGAUCCAACCUGUAUCACAUCUACGAGGUUAACCUGGUGUCUGAACACAUCUGGUGCGACGACUUCCUGGUUCGCAGCUUUUACCUGAAGAACAUGCAAACCAACGAGACGCGAACUGUCACUCAGUUCCACUUCCUGACCUGGCUCAACCAGAACGUCCCCGAGACCAGCCGGACACUCCUCGACUUCCGCAGAAAAGUUAACAAGUGCUACCGGGGACGCUCGUGUCCUAUCAUAGUCCACUGCAGGCAAGUAUCUCAAUUAAUUAAACAUGUUUUUUUCAUGUCUUAAAAAGUCGCUUACACUCCGGGUGAUAAAAAUGUGAUUUGUUGUGAACGAGCUCGUACUCACACGCCGCCUGCUCGGGGUCGAUUUAGAAGCUGGACUCGCCUGUGGUUGAUGUUUUCCGGGUCCACAUUACCGGUUUAAUUUCUUACAAGCUUACUCGUGUCACUUGUCGGCACGGCGCGGAGGAGGACGACAAACAUUUAAAGAUGAGAAAUGAAGCAGGAAGUUGUGAUUUAAUUGGACGGACUGUCGGCAGAGGAGGGCAACUUUUAAUUGGAGGCGCUUCAAAGUUUGCAGCGUGUCGG